UGUCACAUUACCAGGAACCGUUGGGUAAUGUGGUCGGCUUACUUUUCAAUUACACGCUCGUUUCAAUAGAUCCUUUAUAUGAAUGGUACAAGAUCUUUUCAGCCUCCUUUUUUUCAGCUUCCAACAGAACUUCUACCGUUAAUUUGCCGUUUUUUGUCUGUUCAGGAUAUUCAAAAUUUAGUGACUGUAAUACCAUCAGUAUAUCCUGUACUAGAAGCCUCAAUUGACUUAUUUUGGAAAAAAAAGCAUUAUGAAAUCGAUACACGCAAGAAUCGACUCUUGAAAGAAGCUUUGAGUAUUGGUUAUGCACCUGCAGCUUCGAAUGGAUUCGUGAGUGGUACCCAGGUAUCAUCGACUGCUGCAGAACGUGAAUAUUACGCUAAAUCAGAUGAAGUAAAGUCCGUUUGUGGAUUGCCUCCGGGCCCUAUGAAAAUAGAGCAGGUUGGUACAUGUAUCGACUACCUUUUGACUUCACAAUAUGGAAUGGAUCUUCAUGGGAAGAAGAUAAAGACUUCUUUUUUCUCUUUAAAUGAUGCUGGAGAUGAAUGGGUACAUUCUAUGUGCCUUCAAUUGCGGCAGUAUCUAUCUCCAGCUGCUGAAGGAGCCCUGGCCUCGUUUCAACGUCGAAGUCUUUCAAGCCUCUUCUUACAGAUUCUGUUUGUUGGAAUGCUCUUUGAAGAGGAUUUGUGGUAUUAUUUUAAUAUCCUCUAUGAUGUUUCAUCAUCUACAGCUAUUGAGUUUGCAUAUUUCUUAAAUACUCUUCUUACAAUCGUAAAAACUGAUUAUGAGCAUUAUCGUGAUCCACUUUCUCAAACUUUAGUAUCUGCUAGUAGCAGAUUUCAAGAUACAGUUCUCUCUAUAGAAUCACCGUUUGACGAUAGUUUUGAGAAGGGCCUUACCGCAGAACAGAAACGCAUUGUCGAAUGUGUAUUACAUCCCGGGGAAGUUUUGAAAGUCAAAGCUUUUGCAGGAACCGGCAAAACAAAAGCUCUUCUAGAAUUCUCCCGUAGCAGGCCACAUAACAAAAUUUUAUAUGUAGCAUUUAACAAGGCUGCUAAAGAAGAGGCUGAACAACGUUUUCCGUUGAACGUUAAAUGCUCCACCAUACAUGGAUUAGCUUACGGAGCAAUCUUAGCUCAAGCGGAUCUUCCCGCUUCAAAGCUUGAAAGGCAACUCUCUAAUACCAAUAUUGCAAAUCUAUUGUCUCUACAAGCUGCAUUUCCUAAAUCAAAUCGGAAAGCAGCUCCUGGGACUCCUUCUGCAACCCUGGUAGCUUCUCACAUAAUGUUCACCUUGAACCGAUUUAUGCAUUCGACGGAUUCUCACCUGAGUUUUCGACACGUUAGUAAGCGCAGUUUAGAAGUAACUCAGUUAUCAAAAGAAAAAUUGCUAGCAUACGCGAGAAGACUAUGGUCAUUGAUUAUAAAUUUUGAUUGCCCAUACGCCCCUCUGAUUCCCGAUGCGUACAUGAAGUUGCUUCAUCUAUACGAAUUUCCGAAUAUAUUCUCAAAAUUUGAUUACAUACUAUUUGAUGAAGCUCAAGAUUUUACUCGAUGCAUGGUAGAUGUGAUUUACAGGCAAAAGCACGCUAGGAUUGUUAUCGUUGGAGAUGCUCAUCAAUGCAUUUACGGAUUUCGGGGGGCCGAUGCUUGUGCAUUUGAUGAAGUAUUAUACCCUUCUACAAAGCAGUUGUACUUGACAAAGAGCUUUCGGUUUGGAAAUUCUGUUGCCAAAUAUGCUAACUUCAUCUUGUCUCUAAAAGGAGAAAAUGUGAAACUCAGGGGUGUUAAGGAUGAUCGAGUAUUCCGAUCUGUAAAUGAACCAUUUUCUGUGGUAAACCAGAAUUUCCGUUUCAUUCCUCAUACAGUCAUUUUUAGAACUAACAAAGAACUCAUUUUACAAUCGAUCCGUUUGUCGGUUUCAUUGCCAAAGAAUAUCCCUAUAACUAUUUUGGGCUCUAUGAAAAAAAAAGCCUUUCAACUUUUGCGCAGUGGUUCAGAACUUGCCCAUGGACAACGGCCAUCUCAUCCUAAAUUGAGAGAAUUUACCUCCUGGGCCGAGUUUGAAACGCAUGUCAAAAACUCGGCAGAAGAAGAUCCUGAGCUUGCCUUGGUGUAUGAUAUGGCAGAGGAGUUGUUUAGCGAAAGUUUUCUAACAAGGUUGGAUAAUUGUGAACAAAGACUGAUCCAAUCGAAAGAUGAAGGAGAAAACGGAAUCAUCUUGGCAACUGCACAUCAAUCAAAAGGUUUAGAAUGGGACAAUGUGCAAUUAGGUAAUGAUUUUCGACCGAAGUUUGAUAGUACUUCUUAUGCACGAAUUGGAUCUUCGCGGUAUCUGAAGGAGGAAAUCAACAUUCUUUAUGUUGCCCUCACCCGAGCAAAAUGCUGCCUAAUUUUGAAUGAUACGAUAGCAAAAUUUUAUGCUUUGGAAAAAGGGUUAUUACGAUUUGCAGGGGGGGUUCCUUCUUUGGAGGAAGAAAUGCAAAUUGAGAAGGUUGCUAUAUUUGUUGAUUGGCAAAUUGAAAACUUCAGUUUUCUUUGCGAUAUAUCUACUGAAUGUUAUAACUUUUUUGUAGAUCUAGAUGGGAAAACGGUAUGGGAUGUAUUUUUUGGUGUGCUUUCAGGAAGCUGGCAAAAUUAUAUCGCGAAUACGGCGGAGCGCCUCAAAAGGACCAUGUUAUUUAUUGAAGAUCAAUUAUUUAUAAAUCAUAGUUGAGCACGGAAUUUAAUUGAAUAGCAUCUUUAUUUAUGUGUGCAUAAAAUGCCUUAUUUUUUUCAGGAACUAGACAAAUAUCCAUAGAUUAUAAUCUUUAAAUUUAUGACUAUGAAGCUAGAGAGUAAUUUAA